AUGUUUCAAAUUGUAGCAAAUGCGCAAGUAGUAUUAACGGUACAACAGCGGGUUACGUGUGGCGACAUGUGCUCAACGCGCAACAUCCAAUCUGCUACAGUUACGUCGCCAAAUAACAAUACCAUUUCCAGCGGAAGAGCUGGCAUAACUGCUCCUCGACCUGUCGAUAAUGAAAAAAUGCGACAACUUGAAUUGCAUCGUAUACAAACAUUACGCAUGAUGCUAGAAGAAGAGCAAAAGCAUCUGGCGACUUUACGAAGUAAACCUGGAAAACGCCAAGAGAUACAACGAGCAGAAGCUCGUGUUCAUACACUUCAAGAACAGUUGAAAGCCCUUGAUACUGAGGGAUCUCUUGCUUUAUCUCCUACUAAUGCCGCUCAAUCUGAUAACACCACAACAUCUCAUUUUAACCCUCACUUUUUAUCCCGUUUUCCGAGAAGUUUGAGUAACUUGAGCCUGGGUGGACGUGCCAAGAAAAAUGAAAAGGAUGACAAUAACCGUAACAAACCUGAAAAAAAUGCUAAAAAUCAUCAAAUGCAACAGGACAAACGUUGUUUUUCAGACGAAAAAUGUGAUAUACGUGAGGGUCAUGCUAGUGUGGUUAUAGACGCGCCUCCACCUUUGCCUCAGCGGAACAAAAACAUGAUGGACUGGUUGCAGGAACAGACUUCUGUGGAUAAUUUCACUGAUUUGGAUCUGUCAAUAGAUGAUAAUACAAAACAGAUUCUGAACUCUUUUUUGGAACACGAACGAAAUCCAUUUGUUAGUGAUGUGAAUAAUACUCCGCCACCGUUACCGCCUAGGCAAGAUCGCCCCCUUCCAAACUCGAUAGACACUGUUAUGAAUCAUCCCUUAGUCUCAACAUGUGCUCCAGCUUUAUGUGAUAACAUUACCAACCCUGCUUUACAAACAAAGUCGGCUAAAUCGGGUCAUAAACGUACACAAUCUUCUUCAGAUCCGGUUGUGAUAUCACCUAGCAACUGUGCAGAAAGACAAAGUAAGAGUUCUAGAGGGUCUUGGGGUCAUCCAGAAGCUACACCGCCGGGUACACCUCCUCCACCAUAUCCAUCAUUAACUAAUGCAGAUGAGGAAAUAGCAGAUGCAUGGAAUUUUCAGUUUUGUAACUCUAUUACAAAAUCGGAAGAUUUGCAUGACAGAAAAGGAACCUUAACUAAUACAUCUGACUCAAUACAGGCAGCACAAAGUGUUACGUCGCAACAACAUAUUAUUUCCAUGGAAGAUGAAGAAGUCUCAGACUCAGAGACAACUGUGGAGGAACAUGGACCUUUUAAAUCAUUACGUUUGUUACUGGAGCAUCCGGGCCACGUUGCUGUAUUUCUAAAUUAUUUGUUCACUAAUGCACAGCCAGCAUCAUUGCUUUUUUAUCUUAUCACAGAUAUAUACAGAGAUGGAAAUCUAAAAGAUAUGCGAAGAUGGGCUUAUGAAAUACAUUCUACCUUUUUAGUGCCUGGAGCACCUUUACAUCUUCGUAAUGUAGAUGAAACUAUGGCAAGAGAAAUAGAUGAUGUUUUGCUUUAUGAAUCUGAUAAGGAAGAAAUUUUAAGAAAAAUAUUUUUAAGGGCUAGAACAAAAGCUAAGGAAGAACUUACAGCACAGCUAAAUCACUUCCAAGUGACAAGGACAGUUGGUUUAGGAAUGAUGUUUGGGCCUAAUGAUAUUUCACUUGACACUGCCAUUGGCGAUAGGUCUAAAGAAAUUCGAGUAAUUGAAAUGGCUUUAUUGUCAAAUUUGGAAUCAUAUUUAGAAGACUUGGAUUCAAAUAAAGAAAAUGUUGAUUAUAAGCGGUAUGCAACAGCACAAGCUUUGGCCACAGUUCUCUUACGAUGGUUUCGUAUAUCACUCAAUUCACAGUAUCUGUCAUCUUCAGUCUUAGAACGAUGCCCUACAUUUGUUAGCAAAGAGAAGACAUUCAGAGGCAAGCUUAUUGGAAAAAGUAGAAAGUUGGUGGUUCGAGAACAUCAUUUACUGUUCCGGCAAUAUUAUAUUGUAACACAUUGCAAUCAGUGUCAUGAUAUCAUAUGGGGAGUUGGACCACAAGGAUACCAUUGUUCUGAUUGUGGACUAAAUAUCCAUAGAGGUUGCAGUCGUGUUCUCGAGGAGGAUUGUCCUGGCCCUCCUGUCAAUACGAAUUCCAAAUCAAAACAAAAUCAAACGGAUCGACGAAUAUCUAAACUUAUGGAGAAGAUAAGACCUAACCAUCAUUUUAUCAAUACUGAGAAACAGCAGCGCAUGCAAGAGGAGGAUACCAUUGAAGAAUUUCCUGGAUCUAAUGCUGCUGAUCGUCCGUCAUCAAUGUUGUUGAGCAGAAAUACUUCGCAAAGGGGUAACUCUUUAUCGACACCAGAGAAGGGAGAGAGUGCUGAUGACAGUCAUUGCUUAAUAGAUGAAGUACAAAAUGAAAAUUCGAAACCGAAAAGCGCACCUGUCUCCGUAAAUCGGUCCGAGUCAUACAAGGAACGACUAUCUCAAAGGCGAAGUAUGAAUCAGAGGCGAAAAACAAGUGACCCGAAUUUAUCCAAAACAAUCGAUGACAGCAGAGAUCACAAUGUUUCGCAAGCAAGUUCAACAAAUUCAAGUACAUCUAGUCUUUCCUCCAGAAGUUUAGAAAGCCCAAGUAUAUCACUCGAGGCCGUGCAUGGCGGAUCCAGUGCAUCACAAGCUGCGGGCGGCUUGAUGCUUGGAUCGACUUCGAUUGAUCUUCAAGGUGGUGACUCGGAUGAAAGCGAAAAUAGGCGAGAUUGGACAAUACAGGUGCCACCGGAAAUACUCGGCACGCUCACCGAUAAAGAUAAAAAAUUCCAAGAAGUUAUCAACGAACUUAUUCUAACAGAGCGUUCUCAUAUACGAACCCUGGCUUUGCUGGAUCGAGUGUUCAGGGCACCUUUGCAGAACAAUGCAAUUUUGCCACCGGAGCAAUUUCAAUUGUUGUUUCCUUCAUCUUUACGCCGUUUGCAAGAGUGGCACGGUUUACUAGGACAACGACUCAAGCUUUGGCGAAAGCAAGUUGGACCAAAAUCAACUGGAAUUGGAGACUUACUAAUUGGAAUGUUUGAUGGUAGCAGCGGUGAUGAAUUGAAGCAAGCUGCAGCUUCGUUUUGUGAACAUCAGCAAAUAGCAUUAGAAGGUCUGAAAGAGAGGAGACGUAAAGAGCCAAGACUGCAUCAAUUGCUUAAUGAAGCAGAAAGUCAUCCAGCGUGCAGGCGAUUACAGCUAAAGGAUUUACUUCCUAUGGCAUGUUUUAUGCGACUUACAAAGUACCCUCUGCUUUUUGAAAAUAUAUUGAAAUGUAUAGAGGAAGACAACACCGAAUUCCAGAAUAUAAAGAAAAUGGUUUUAUUAUUAGCAUGCAGACUUGAAGGUACCUCUGUGUGUUUGCAUGUGCCGCCUUAUCAUGAGAGAGCUCAAAACAAGAUCCUUAAAAAAAUACUGGAGGCUCCCAGGUAUGUACCUAAUUGGCUCGUUCAUCAGGACUGCAAUAUACAAACAAUAGCGGAAGAAAUUAGCAGAUUUGCUGCGAAAUAUAAGUCAAGAUUAGAGAACCAUCCAAAUGAACUGGCAAAGGACCUACUUUCUGCGAACACUGUCAAGAGACUAAGAAGAUUAGAUCCACUAGACUUAGCAUAG